GAUGAUUGAUGCUCAUCUCUGACGUACGAAUUUUUUACUAGCUGUAUUCGGCCAUCUCGAAAAAUGAGCAGAUUCCGGCGAUUCGACAUCGUGGGCCGCCGCAGACCUUCCUACUUGAUCGAACAAACCAUCUUUUCCCCUCCAAAGACUCUCUUCCUCGACUCUCCUUCUCCUUGCUUCCCUGCAUUUCCCAUUCCCGAAGACGUGCUUCCAUUUCACACUUCUCCCCCCUUUUUCUUCGAUGAAUUCGACGCCGUCACUGAAUUGAUCCAGAUCGAAACAGCUCCCUUCCGCCGGGUCGGGCUCGGCGAGCUGCAGCUGCAGGCGCUAUUCGACCGCGUCUCCGAUUUGGAGUUGGGAUUCGAGCGGCUACAGAGGGAGAAGAAGAAGAAGAAGGAGUUGGAGGAGAAGUACUCUUGGACGGCUGAGAUAGGGACUGCGGAGAAGCACAGGAAGUACAAAUGGAGUACCGAGAUCAAGGGCGGCGAAGAUGAGAAGAAAACCUACAAAUGGACGGCUCAGAUUAAAGGAGAGGGCAGCCCUGUCGAGCGGACUUACACCGUUGAGGUCUCCAGCGGCAAGCCGAAGAAAAACAAAGUGAAGAAGGAGAAUGCUAAAUCAGAUCCUCGUCCUAUUCAGAUUGAAGAGCCCUCUGAUCAUGGCGCCAUUGUCUUGAGACAGGCUUUCACUAAGAGGCCACAGAAGAAAAAGGGAAAGACUAAAGAGUUAUCCCCACUAGACGCAGCUGCAUUAAUUCAGAUGAGUUUCCGAGCUUAUCUUAUCCGUAGGUCUCAGGCUCUGCGUGCACUUCGGGAGCUGGCAAUUGCUAAGAACAAGUUGAAGGAGCUCAGGGGUCUGUUCAACAAUUUCUCAUAUCGUCGCCUUCUUUCCCGUGCUCCAGAAGAGUGUCAAAGGUUCUCUGAGAAGAUCAUUGUUCUGCUUCUCACUGUCGAUGCCAUUGAGGGUGCAGAUUUGAUGGUUCGAAGUGCAAAAAAAUCAAUGGUGGACGAGCUGGAAGCAAUGCUGGAUGUUGUGGACCCUCAACCUGGAGGAAAAUCGUCGUUUGUGAGGAGAACUUUUGAUAUGCCUGACAGUGUGAUCAACAAGGAACUUGCUGCAGGGGUUGCAAAGGUGGUUGAAAUGCUUGAUGAGGAGGAGUCCACUGCUUCGUGAAUAUCAUGCAUCAAUUCCAAAUAUCUGGAGUAAUAAUUUGGUGUUCAGCUUUGACCGGAUGUUGUAACUUUGUAUCUGUAAUACUACCAUCUAUCUAUCACCUAGCUCUUUCAGCUAGGCAGUUUCCCUGUUCUUCAGCACUUAUUUUCGUGUUUCGAACAUGAGAGUUUCUUCAUCUAUUGAAAGAAUCAAACUAAGUCUGUUUA